AUGUAUUCGGUUGAGUGGCAAAAGCGAGUAUUACCUCAUGCACACAUUUUGGUUUGGUUCAUCGACAAAAUCCGUCCUGAAGAAAUCGAUAGUAUUAUUUCUGCGAAAAUUCCAGAUCCAUCCACUGACCAACUGCUGUUUGAUAUUGUUACAACAAACAUGAUUCAUGGUCUAUGUGGUACUCUUAAUAGUUCAUCGCCUUGCAUGGCUGAUGGAAAAUGUACUAAAAAUUUCCCUAAAGAUUUUACCAAUGAUACGGUCACAAAUGUCGACGGAUACCCAAUAUAUCGUCGAAGAAAUCCUGAAAAUGGCGGACAAUCAUUUAUUAAAAAUAUCAUCAACAUAGACAUUGAUAUUGACAAUCAUUGGGUGGUGCCAUAUUCGCCUCUGCUGAGCAAGACAUAUAAUGCUCAUAUUAAUGUUGAGUUCUGCAGUUCUGUGAAGAGCAUCAAAUACAUUUGCAAGUAUGUCCAUAAAGGCAGUGAUAUGGCUGUGUUUAGAGUGGAAAAUACUAAUGUGAAUGCUCCUCCAGUGAAUAAAAACGAUGAAAUAACGCUCUACCAAAUUGGUUGGUACAUCAGCUCCAAUGAAGCUGCUUGGCGUAUCUUUGGUUUUCCAAUUCAUGAACGGGAUCCAGCAGUUGUUCAGUUAGCCAUCCAUCAUGAAAACGGUCAGCGUGUAUUUUUCACGAACGAGACAGCGAUUGAUCGUGCAAUAAAUCCACCUAAAACUACACUCACUGCAUUUUCUGAAUUGUGUAAUCGUGCGGAUGAUUUUGGUGCCUUUGCACGAACAUUACUCUAUUCACAAGUACCACGCUAUUUCACAUGGACUCAAACAAAAACAUGGAUGCCCUGCAAGCAAGGCUCACCAGUUGCUGCAUGUCUCAAUUUAUUUAAAUCAAACGCCUUGGGGCGAUUAUUUACAGUCAAUCCAAGACACACGGAGUGCUUUUAUCUUCGACUGUUGUUGGUUAAUAUUACUGGCCCAUUAUCAUUUCAAGAUAUACGUAAAGUGAAUGGGCAACAAUAUACAACGUAUAAAGAUGCAUGCCUUGCACUCGGCUUGCUGGAAGACGACAACCAGCGGGAAUGCAUGCUUGCUGAAGCUGCAUUGAACUGUACAGCAAUACAAAUUCGUCUACUAUUCGCUAUAGUGUUGACUACAUGUUUCCCAGCCCGAGCACAGAUAUUAUGGGAAAAUCACAAAGAUUCAAUGACUGAUGAUAUAUUGCAUCAACAUCGUAUACGGUGCCACGAUCUAACCAUAACAUUCAGCGACGAAAUGUACAAUGAAGCAUUGAUUGCUAUUGAGGAUCUUUGCAUUGUCAUUGCCAACUUACCACUUAGUAAUUUCGUAUUCUUCGACGAUCUUGUCGUUUCUGUCAUGUCUGUCGUCAAAGAUAGAUAA